UUCAGAGAGUUCUGGAAGAUCCUCGUAAAUAAUAACCUCCAUCGCGCGUUAUCCGUACGUCUGGUGAAAUAAAAGCCAGAAAGAUAUAUAGAAAGUGCGCAUAUUCAUUAAAAACUUGAAGAGAGGAGACUGAUGGUCUAAUGAAGAGCUUUAAGAGCUCGAGAAAUUCAUGCCAGAGACUCGGCUCGAUAUCAAAGACAGAGGAGAAAAGAGAAAAAAGCCAUUGCCUAAGAUGGAAACUUGAGAGUCGAGAAAAUAAAAUAAAGAAAGAUACGGUGCGUUAUCGAGGUUAUUGACGCGGCGGGCAACUGUGCGCUCUCCGAAAGAGACUUAUAUAUCGUUGCUCUGCGGGGCGAGCUUGAAUCGGAAGAUAUUUCUCAUAAGAAAAGAGGAAAUACAUAGCUGUAUCCAGGAAAACUUAAUUAAAGAGAAAAACGAAGAAUAUCAUUCCGAGCAAUUACACCGUACAUUCAGCUCUUGAACAUCAGAGGCGAGCCGCACAAUUCAGUUAAUGAAAAGCUGCGACGGUUCCACUAUCAACUACUGGCAUGACUUUCUCGUAAUGCACCGGUGGAGGCUUUCAAGGGCAAUUUGUCUCGAAUUAUCUUUAACGCCGGCGGGGACUGGAAUGAAGCUUCGAGCAAGUUUGAGAGAGAGAGAGAGAGAGAGAGAAAAAGAGAGAGAGAGAGAGAGAUAGAGAGAGAGAGAGAGAGAGAGAGAGAGAGAGAGAGUCUAGCCGUCCUCGUCCUUCUGCAGAAGACAGCUCGUUAAAGAAAAAGGAGGAACGCGAGCACACCGUUAAUUUCAUUUCAUUAAAAUAUGAAACUAAUUUUAACGCGUCAACGACUCGAUUAAUUAGUCUAGUUGGCUCGUUUUUUAAUUUUAAUGUGAAUGUGUGUAAAUGAAGUAUUAUUAUUACUCGCAUUACGCAGAAGUGUACCAAAAAAGUAGAAAAAAGUGUAAUAAUUUUGCGUAAAUUUUUAAAAACGACGAAGUCAAAUUCUUCGCAAAGCAAAAAUCCCCAAACAAAGUACCUAGCAUGACUUCCAAUAAUAACCAAUUAUGUCCGUAUCUCUCUCUCUCUCUCUUUCUCUCUCUCUCUCUCUCUCUCUCUCUCUCUCUCUCUCUCUCUCUCUCUCUCUCUCUCUCUCUCUCUCUGAAAAUCCUCCAACAUAACGGGCAACGAGAAGAAAGCCCGGCAACAAAGCGCGAGAGGAAAAGGCAAGUCGCGAAAAGCUCGAGAGGCAAUGGGAAGCAGUAGCAGCAGCUGGGAAAAUAAAAGACGAGAUAGCUGCGGUAUAAAGUAAGUGACAAACGAUGCGUUCGUGGUCUGUGGUGGGGCGACUUUCUCCUUUUUCUGCUGCUGCCCUUUAUGCGCGUGUUUUCCGGUGCGCGCACACGUCGCAAGCUCGUCUCAUUGCAAUGCGCGCGUCGAUUAAGGUUUUUUUUAGAGGUACAAGGGCUUUUUUUCUCUUGAGUAGGGGGACACCAUAUAAAACAAUUUUCAUUCAUUACUUUUUUACAGUUAGAAUUUUCAAAUUUAGCGCCAUUAAACGACCCCUCGUGAUGAGUUUUUAGAUAUCAGCUAUUUAAUCAAUCAUAUUUCUCGAUUCAUCAGAAUCAACCAAUCCAUUUUCGGCUUCAAUUUUCUGGUAUAACUUUCUUAAAGAGGAUAACAUAUUCGUUUCAUGUUUUAUGCUGGAACAGAAAUCAAAUAACGCGUACGAGAGCCAGCAAGUCGUCCUUUCAAUCGUAGAGCGUUUGAGGAUCGCAGUUUCGCGGUUGGGCUUUGAUCUGGGCUGUAGCGAUCGAGAAAUGAAAGGGAGAAAAGUAUGUGGCUUUGCAUAUUCCUUCUUACGCCUUUUUUAUUUUAUCUUUUUCUUACGCUCGAAAGAACGGCAGGCGUUUGGCUGUUUCUCUUUGCCUUCGAGGUCUUUUGAUUUUCCGUCUUCUUUUUCUUGUUCUUCUUCGCCUUCUUUUUCUUCUUUAUGUAUAGUAUACAAGCGAGAGAACACUUUGAUUGUAAUGCGUGUCGUGUGGGAAUGUUUUGAAAGUUAUACGAGUUUUUUGUUUGGGUUCGAGAUAUUUAUACCCUACUACUUGACUGGUAUUUAAACUUAAAAAAUUUUGACUUAAAAAAACAUCAGUUCUUCAUUAUUGCAAGAUUUAAAUCAUGCACCUAUUGUACUUUGCAAAGUUUAAUUACAAACAAUUUUUUAUGCUUAUACUCCAAAAUCUUGUUUGUAAAGAAAUGGACAACCGUUACUCAGAACCGGCGAGCGAUGGACACGGGAAUUCCUUGAUCAAAGAUGCGAUUCGCUUCGGUGUACCGUUAUACGAACGCGGUGGUAUAUAUGUAAGGAGCAUGCGAAACGCUCUUCAGUCGAGAUCUGCUCAUUUUCGUGUUCACUAUGGUUACUGCAAUAUUUUAAUACGCGUUGAACAUAAAUAAAAUUUUUACGCAUUAUAACGAUUGGGAUUUUUAAUACCGAAAAUGUCGGUUACAACUAUUUUACUGUUUACUUUGGUUAAGUGCACGCUCUUGUUAUCAACUGUAUCUACUCAACAAGAACCAACAGCUAACAAUGCCAAUGACGUAUUCCUCUUCAUGCCCACGGCCAUUUUCACUUUACCUUACUACAAAAUGCAUUCGCCUGACAUGGCAAAGCUCUCGAGAAAAAUAUCUAUCUUUAUAAACCGGAAAGAACACGUCAGCAUCAUGGAUUUUCAUCCGCCUACUAAAAGGAUAUUUUUCGCAAUGGAACGCGUUGGCUACUGGACGAGAAAUUCCCAAAUCUACGCGAUGCCUUGAGAUCCAGACUUUGAGUGCGAGGGAAUGUUUGAAAAGUCUAUGAUAGACGACGUUGUACAAAAAGGUGAUCCUUUAGCUACCUAUAUACCUAUACACGAUGAAUACGACGAAGUCACUGAUGGAAAACGCAAUUGUAAGACUAGUCGUCUUACGAAUAUGCCAUUUUAUGAAGAUUUGAAACCUGCUAAUCUCACCCUUGUACGAGAAGAGGAGAAUUGGAAUCCUAGAUCGAUAGCGAUUGAUUACAUUGGCAACAAGUUAUACGUUGUGGUCGCCAACGAGAUGACUGUCAAUAUUUACGAUCUAAACGGUCACAAUAAAGCUAUCGUUUUUCGAAAUGAGUCUGUGAUACCAAUCGAAGUAGUCCUUGAUGUGCCCCAAGGCCUUAUGUUCGUUCUGGGCUACAAUAAUAAAAUCGGAGCGAUGCAGAUUUAUCGAGCAAACAUGGAUGGAACAUCAGUGCAGCUGAUUCUUGAAAAUAUAGAUGAACUUGAAGAAAUCCAAAUACGUGAAAGAAUCGGAUUCGCCAUCAGCACUUUGAAGAAAAGAAUCUACUUCCCUAAUUUCAAGGACAGCAUUUUAGAAAGCUCGGAUUACGAGGGACAAAAACGAGUGACGAUCGGCAAAGUCAAGCAUCCAUCCAGCGUAACCGCUUACAAUGAUACCGUCUACUGGUCCGAAGGUUCUUCUGUAAUAAAAGGUUUUGCUUGCUUCAAACCCGACGGCUGUUCCAUUUGGACCUGCCAAAUUGAUGACACUGGCAGCUGCAUCGACAAUAGCACAAAAUUGUUCGAAAAAGGAGCAAAUCAGCAGGCAUCUCACUCGAUCAAGGCUGUGGUCACAAACCCUAGGAUUGGAUCAAAUCCUUGCGAAGUCGAUAACGGCGGUUGCGAACAUCACUGCUUACUUAGACACUCGAGUAUCGAAGGCAGUCUGGGUAGUAGUUGCGUCUGUAAAGAAGGAUACCGAUUGUCAGAGGACCUGAAGAAUUGCACUAAGACUAAGAUAGCCAAUAUCUACGAUAGCUUUUAUCUACCAAAACGGAUGAAACUGACUGAACUAUCGAACCUAUCCAGCACAGAUGUCUUUCCCAUAUCGAGAAACCUGCUGUACCGAUUGAAGUUCGAGAGAUCGGAUAGGGUCCUCAUCAAAUCUCCGUUCACCUAUCUGGAAAUAGAAGAGAAUGGCAAAAGCAUUCUGGAGAAUGAAAUCGCCCAACGAGACUCAGCCACAUCCGACGUUAAGCAAGAUUCACAGCUGUACACCUUUGGUUUAAACGUUGAAACUCACCAAUGUAAAAAGAAUGUCGGCGACGUGGUGGUGACUAGGUCGCCCAAUGGAUUUGCCAGAGUCCUCAGUUACGAUUGGGUCACUAAAAAUCUAUACUACGUUAAACUACCUAGUAGCAGUGGAGAACAAUCCGAACUCGCGGCACUGAGACUCGAAUUGCCGAAGGGGAUUUGCCUGGAUCAACAGAAACCUAUUUUUCAUUACAGAAGCAAACGCGCUGUUAAUUUGGCCAAAAUUCCUGAACCGGUAUCACUCGUGGUUCAUCCUUACAGAGGUUAUGUCAUUGCGUCUCUUCGGAAUGGAUCGUUGAUAAGACUGAAUACUGAUGGUUCCGACAAAAUAAUUCUUCCAAACGUUAGCGAUUCCGUUUUGCUGGCGACUGAUAUGAACGACGACAAGAUCUAUUGGAUGAGCUCCGAUCAAUACCUGAACUUCGCAAACCUGGAUGGCUCCAGUUCCAAGCGAUUGUUCAAGAGUCCAGUAAAAGAAAUAAAGGCGAUGGAAAUUUAUGAUAGCUGGAUCUACAUCACCGAUGAAAAGAAGCUAUGGCGAUUUGACAAGUUGACUGGAAAAGCGUCAGGUAUCAUUGAGGACUUUCAGGAUAUUCAACAAUUAUACCGAGAAAGUCUGGGUCUUAAAGUGCCGUCGAAAUACGCCCACUACGUCAGUGAAGACCAUCCCUGUGCUGUUGGUAACGGACACUGCGAGUCUCUCUGCUUUGAAGUACAGGUCGAAAGAGGUUCAGGUGACUUAAGAAAAGUCUGCGCGUGAAGUACAACUUGAGAACUCCUCGAGUGAAAUGAGUGUCUGUGAUAGCGUAUAAGCACAUUCAGUAUUUUAUUUUUUAUUUCUUGUACCACUGCGUAAAUUUGUACUACUGGAAAAAUAAAAAAAUACGUCGUAUAAUGCCGUCGUCAAGCGUGUGUAAUAUAGUAUACGACGUAUAUGAUUUUACUACAAGCUAAA